AUGCGUUUGAUGAAGGAGCCGACCUUUGUUCCUUUCACACUUUCAAACUUUUGGAAAUAUCUGUAUUCACUGCCCCACGUGACGAACGAAGACUGCGACAUCGUUCUCGUGGAUCCUACAAAAAAUCGUAAGCAUGAAUCUCAAGAAAAGCGCGUGUGCAAAGCUGGAUGUGCAGAAAAGAUCGAAGGUUUAAGGAAGGAGUUUUCAGUUCUGAGUACUGAGGCAAAAUGCGAUGAUGAUAUUUCUUUGGGACAAAUGCUGCUGCACACUCUUGGCGCUGAGUAUGAGCACAGGCGACGCGUUGCACGAAAAUACUUGACAUUCGCAUUUGAAGAGAGCGAGAUUCGCGUUAGAAACUGUCGUUAUAAUGGCAGUCCCCUUACAUGUACCGGAUGCUCUAGAAUUCCCACUACUGUAACGGACGUCGAUCAUAAAGAGAGUGGAGCGCCUUACGAUCCUCUCUCCAUUAUGUCUCUUCCCUCGGGAGGCUGCUCGAAAAAGAUGGAUUCUGUUCGAGAGGAUUUCAUUACGAGUUCAAUUGGUCCUCUGGUAGCAAGAAGUCGCUUUUCUGCUGAAGAUAUACUCGGCAUUCAGAAUCUUUAUUGUCCCCAUUUCAAUACGUACAACUUUUGCGAUGAUUACCAGCCCGUUGGAGAAUUCACAAAAUACAGACUUCGCUACCCCGUCAGCUUUCGAUGCGAUGGGAGUAGCGAUUGUUUCGAUGGCUCAGAUGAAGAUGACUGUGCUUGCACAGAGCGGUACUGUGCCGGCGCAAGUGCAAAGUGCUCUCUUGGGGAGUGUAAAUGUCGACAUGGUUUCGAGCUUGAUCCUUCCGGAGAAACAUCAGCUUGCUUUCCCGAGUAUGAUGCGCUGUGUUCUGACGGUUAUUGCAAUAGCUUGGAUGACAAAUGUGAGAUCAAAUCGAACACCCAAACAUGCCUCUCGAAGUCUUUUUGUGGAACGCAAAUUAAACACAAUCACUUACUUCCUAACUAUCUAGAGUACAGGCUGGUAAAUUCCUUUCAAGGAGAUACAAGCACUUGUUCAUCUCAUGUUGAGAUAAAUUCAAAAGUUUUCAAUCUAACAAACGAGAUUGUAAAUUUACAUCCCGUCUAUGCACUGUAUACGAAUUCACCUUCACAUUCGAAGUUCUUAUGCUUUAGGAGUGAUUUUGGCUGGGUUCUAGUCGACAAAGUUAUUAACUCGUGCGACACUACUUGCGGAAUUGAAUGGUUUUAUCCUGAAGACACUUACUGUCUUGGAGAGAGUGACAGCCGAAUUAUGGUUUGGGACACAGUUCAUUCUAUGUUCCGCUCGUUCGAGCAAGUUUUGUGUUCUGGUGGAACUGGGGAAGCAACAGAAUACCGAGACGAAUUCGGCUGUUUCUCACAUUUCGACGGAAAAAUAAAGAAAACAUCAAUGAUGAAUGAAUGCGUUCUGAACCCAUCUUCCUGUGAUGCUUUACCAAACUCAAGUUGUGUCGACACAAAUGGUGGUUUUCUAUGCAUUUGUGAUAGAGGUUUUGUAAAAAAUGAGUUCGGAGAAUGCGUAGACAUUGAUGAGUGUGACACGGAACAACAAAUGUGUCCCGCUUCUAUGUCUUGCUUGAAUACUGUUGGCUCCUUUGAUUGCUUAUGUGGCGUGAUGAGUGAAUCCCAUUUCCCGAUACCAGAAUUCGAUACUCAUUCUGUUCUGACGAUAGAUGGAAUUAAUGGCCAGCGAAAUAAUAAAGACGUGCGUGAAAAACCUGAGAGAGACGAUGUUGACUUGCUUGGUGAUAUUCGAUUUACAUCUUCUCAAGCUGCGCGACUUGCACAACGAGGAGUUUUCCCUCCAGAACGUUUUAUUGAUAGCAAUCCCAGUCUUAUGCUCUCUGAGAGAAAAAUCAAAGGUUUCGCACGAGAUGCUGAUGACACGGUUAAAAAAUGGAAAGAUUAUUUUGAUGAAACAUCGAGUAAAUAUCAAGUGCCCUGGAUUUUCAGUCCGACUUAUCCGCCAGAGUGGCAGCCUUAUGUUCGGGCUGCUUUAGCUGAAUUUGAAAGAUCUACUUGCAUAAAGACCGUUGAAAUUUCUUCAUCAGAGGUGGACAACUGGGACUCGGUCAUAUACGUUCAUCGCGGAGAAAAUGGGCCGGUCGGAGCAGCUGGCUGCUGGUCUUACGUAGGUAAUGCACAACUUGGUCUCCAGCAUCUCAGUCUUUCCGGGGGGUGCACAAACACCAAAACAGUUCAGCAUGAGUUUAUCCAUGCGCUUGGUUUCUGGCAUGAGCAACAACGUGGCGAUUUCGCGAGCAAUAUUAACAUGAACAAAGAGGCAUAUUCCUGCGACGAAUCCUUCUGGGGUCCAACAUACCAAUGCUUGAUGGAUUGUGAAGAUGGAUUUAGCCAGUGGAAGGAUUUGCACUCACCUUAUGAUUUUGACUCGAUCAUGCACUAUUACGGAAACACUUGUUCUGAUGGGUCGAUUCCGUUGAUGACCCAUAAAGGUACCACCGCGGGUGUUGAACCGAAUCCACCGGGUGAUAGAAUGACAACACAAGAUGCUCUGCAAAUUAACGCAUUCUAUGAGUGCCCCAUCCAAAGAACAUUUUCUUGCAACACAUGGAACUAUCCCUCACAGAGCGUGUACUUGGAAUCAAGGAGAUGUGACGGCGUUCUGGACUGUAUCGAUGGUAGCGAUGAGGAUCCUGCUAAAUGCAAUACCGAGAAUAAUUGCAGUAACCAAAUUCAACUUGCCGGAAAUAUUUAUGUUAAAAGUGGCGACGCAAAUGGUCGACUCGUCUACUUAUCUCAAGACAGAUUGAGGAAAUUGUGCUUUCACUCGAAGACAUUAAUCGGACAUGGAUACUGGAUAGUUGUCGAAAACGUGGAGGGGCAGGAAGCGUCAUGUGAGUCAACGUGCGGAGCUAUAAUUAUGGCAGAGCUUCCCGAAUGGAGUCGAUGUGUUGACGGGGCUACUUUCAAAACUUACGAUUCAGUAACGCAGCAAUGGAAAGAACAUUCCAAUCCGAUAUUCUACACGGCAACUUCUGACGACAACGUAUUGACAACAACGACGACAACAACGACGACUACACUUGGUGUCAAUGAUUACGUUCAGCUAUCUGGAGUGAGCGUUCACAAGAAAUACAAUGGCUUGUACGUUAAAUCUGGAAUAUUGAAUGGAGAAGACUACUUUUCUAAAAAGUUUCGCGGAACCAGCAGAGCAGAAACAGAAAGUCAUUUUUUGUUUCUGUCGGAGAGCGGGAACUCUUGGAUCGUAUCGUCCGAGCUAAAUUCGCAAUCUGGUGAUUUGUAUCUUUCAGUUGUCGGAGGAGCUACUUUAGAAACAUCUGAGAGCUGGUUUCAGAAGGUAGGAGGUGAAUGGAUAGAAGCAUCGAUUUCAACAGAAAUUGCAAAUAAUAUGCUGCCAGUUGAUGAAUGUGAAACAAUAGAAAACCCUUGUUCUGAUCCGCUCAAAUCUUGUGUUGAUAAACUCGAUGGGUAUUCUUGUGAAUGCAUUUCCGGCUAUGUUGAAGAAGGAAACUCUUGUGUUGAUUUCGAAGAAUGUAAAUUCGAGGGCACUUGCGAAAGUGGAUACAUUUGUACGGAGCUCAUCGGAUCCUACAAGUGUGUGUGUCCUGUCUCGCAACCAGUCUCGGAUUCAUAUAAUACUUCGUUUAUUUUCUAA